AUCUUCUCGUUGUGGCUCCAACCCUGUCGUGUUCGUUCGUUCGCUCGCCUGUGCUCCUCCUCGAAGCCCUUCAACCUUGUUUCCACCCACAACUUUACCAGCAAUUUCUCUCGCACACUGCGGAAUAAGUGACUCGUGGCAGUUUCUAACUGUACGACUCUCUCGCCUUCUAUCUGGUUCGUCCGUGCUUCUCGUCUUCCAGCCAUCACACGUCCGGAUCGAACGAACCGUCGAAACAGCCAUUUCGCUUUUACUCGACACACAGACUUUGAAUAGCACGCAUCAACAUGGUUCGCUUUACACUGCAUGCGACUACCGUUGCCUCCAUGCUUCUGGCUGGUAGCUUGUACGGAACGUCGGCCUUUGCCCCGGUCCACCGUUCCCAGAGUGCCUUUUUGGCCCCGUCGAUCCCGUUGCCACGGGCGGCGUCGACCUCUUCCUCAACGCUCCAUAUGAACCUGUUCGAUCGUUUCCAACGUGUCGCCAAGUCCAAUCUGAACAACAUUCUACAGAAUCUCGAAGAUCCCGAAAAAAUCAUGAAUCAAGCCGUCGAAGACAUGCAGGCUGACUUGGUCAAAGUCCGACAAAGCUACGCCGAAGUCACGGCGACUCAACGUCGGUUGCUGAAACAAAAGGAGCAAGCCGAAGCGGUUUCCAACGACUGGUACAAACGUGCGCAACUCGCGCUCCAAGCAGGCAACGAAGAACUCGCUCGGGAAGCCUUGUCCCGUCGUCAACAAACUGCGGACGAAGCGAGUAAUUUGCAGCAACAAAUUGAUCUCCAGGCCGCGUCCAUCGACAAAUUGUACGAAGGCAUGCAAGUGUUGGAAAAGAAAAUUCUGGAAUCCAAAUCGAAAAAGGAUCAAAUGGUGGCACGAGCCCGUACGGCGCAGUCUACCCAGAAAGUUAACGAUAUGUUGGGCGGCGUGACCGGCAAAACUUCCAUGGAUGCCUUUUCGCGCAUGGAAGAGAAGGUGGAGGCGCUGGAAGCCGCUGCCGACGUCUCUGCCGAAAUGGGCGCGCUGGGAGCCAACGCCUUGCCGGGAUCGGCCGCUUCCAGCCUCGAACAACAAUUCAAGGCUUUGGAAUCGUCUAGUUCCGUGGACGACGAACUGAAGAAAAUGAAGGGAUUACUGGGUGGUGCCAAAGACAGUGGCGACAAGAAGGAAACUAGUGGUAGCAGUGCAGGUGCUGAUCCUGCCGUGGAUGAUGAAUUGGCCAAAAUGAAAAAAGACGCAGGCUUGUAAGUGCAUUGAAGAUGCAAGCCGCGCAUGCUUUUGGCGAAGCAACAGUCACCACCGUGACCACCAAAGGAAAGUAAUAUAUUUAUUAUAGGACCAAGACUGAUCG